AUGGCACCCAAGAAGAAGGCCGCCCAGGCUGACAAAGGCCGUGUUGAGGAAGAGGUCGAGGAGCCGCUCCAGGCUGUGAUUCUCGCGGACUCAUUCGAGACUCGCUUCAGUCCAUUCACCCUUGAACGCCCUCGCUGUCUGCUUCCUCUAGCCAACACUCCCUUGAUCGAAUACACCUUCGAGUUUCUGGCCAACGCUGGAGUCGAUGAAGUCUUUGUUUACUGUGGCGCCCAUACCGACCAGGUCGAGGAGUACAUCCAGCAAUCCAAAUGGACUUCCAAGGUUUCUCCCUUCAACAACGUCGAGAUUGUUCGCUCCUCGUCCAACUCGAUCGGUGACGCUAUGCGCGACCUCGACGCGCGCGCUGUUCUUACUGGCGACUUCCUGAUCGUUUACGGUGAUGUGGUCAGCAACUUGCCUAUCGAAGCUGCCAUUGCCGCCCACCGUCAACGUCGAACCAAGGACAAGAACGCCAUCAUGACCAUGGUCCUUCGCGAGGCUGGCACUGCUCACCGCACCAAGAUGCAGCGUGUUUCGCCUGUCUUUGUACUCGACCCCACCAAGAACCGCUGUCUGCACUACGAGCAGAUGCGACCCAACCAGCCCUCACACUUGGUUACACUGGACCCGGAUAUCUUGAAAGAGCAUGACGAACUCGAGGUCAGGGAGGAUUUGAUCGAUUGCGGUAUUGAUAUCUGCACUCCCGACGUUCUUGCGCUCUGGAGUGAUAAUUUCGACUACGAGGCCCCGAGAAAAGGAUUUCUUCACAGUGUCUUGAAAGACUAUGAACUGAACGGCAAGACUAUUCAUACUCACAUCGUCGACGAGCACUAUGCCGCCAGAGUUAAGAACCUGAGAGCCUACGAUGCCGUUACAAAAGACAUUUUGAGCAGAUGGGCAUAUCCAAUCUGCCCGGACAGCAACCUGGUGCGCGAUCAGACCUACAGACUCACUAAAGGAAACGUCUAUCGAGAAGAAGGAGUUGUCUUGGCUAGAUCAUGUCACAUUGGCCCAAGGACUGUCAUCGGCCGGGCAACAGCAAUCGGAGAUGGAAGUGAAAUAUCCAACAGUGUUAUUGGCAGGAGGUGUAUCAUCGGCAGAAACGUAAAGAUCAGUGGCGCGUACAUCUGGGACGAUGCUUCGAUCGGUGAUGGUACAGUGGUCAAGGACGCUAUUGUCGCCAACGAAGCUUCGGUUGGCAAGAAGUGCAACAUCAUGCCUGGUGCUUUGCUGUCAUAUGGUGUCUACAUCUCUGACGGCAUGACAAUCAAAUCAAGGAUCACCAAGGUGAAGCGCGAAUCGGGCUACGAACAAGACGAAGUUGUACGCGGAGAGACAGACAAGGAAGUUGUUGGCCAAAAGGGAGAAGGCUUUGAGUAUGAAACCUCAGAAGACGAAGAAGAAGACGACCAGGAGCACCACAGCCUACAUUCCGCGAGCAUCUACAACAUGCAAAACCAAUCGGCCGAAUCAAUCUCGACUCUCAACUCAGAGGCUUAUAGCGACGAAUACGAAGACAGAGCGGCGAAAAGCGCGAGGUCGCAGAGCUUUGGUUCUAUUGGAUCUGUCGACUCCGAGGACAGCAGAGCUGGGCGUGAGGCUGUCGACUUCCACCACGACGCAGCGGCCAGUAUCUACGACUCACUGCAGAAGGGUGAUGAAGCGGCCAACAUCCAGCUCGAACUUACUGCACUACGUAUGUCGGCCAACGCAUCGCCACAUAUGGUGCGUCGCGCAGUGGUGGCAGCGUUUAUGAAGCGCAUGGCUAGCCUGAUCGAAGAAGGCCUCACACCAGCACAAGCGGCCAAGAAGACGAUAUCGACCCAACAGAUGCUGAUUGAGCGUACCAUGUUCGACCGUGGCGAUGCUCACGAAGACAAGGCUGAUCAAGUGGACUUCUUGCUGCUCGUACAAGCAGAUGUAUGCCACCGCGCAGACGGAGAGAAGAUUAUGCUUCACAUCUGUAAUGAGCUGUACAUGGGCGAUGCACUAGAGUUCGAGGGAGUCAUGCAAUGGUGGGCGGACGAGAAGAACGAGGCCAGCGACGAAUUGAAGCAGAUCAAGCUUGCUAUGGGCCAGUUUGUGGAUGCUAUCAAGGCUGCGGAGGAGAGUGAGGAAGAGAGUAGCGAAGAAGAGACGGAGAGCGAGGAAGAAAGCGACGACGAGUAG